AUGGCUCGGGAUCACGAGGAACUUACGCUGAUUGGGCGAUGGCGCGGGGGGCGUGUCCGAGCGGGCUAUGCUAGGCGCGCCGGUUCCCGCGCGGUGGCGGAGCGGGACCGGGAUCCGGAUCCGGAGCGGCGGGAGGGUGAUCUUGGACACAGCAGGAGGAUGGCAAACUCAAUGCAGGGCGUCGGGAGCCUCCCCAGCGCGGAGAUCUGGGCCUCUCAUAACAGGAUGGUGCUGGAGCCGCUGGAAAGCAAUGACCCCGAGGUGCACAGCAUCAUCAAGAAGGAGAAGCAGCGACAGAAGCUGGGGCUGGAGUUAAUUGCAUCGGAGAACUUUGCAAGCCGAGCAGUCCUGGAGGCCCUGGGAUCCUGCAUGAACAACAAAUACUCUGAGGGCUACCCAGGGCAAAGGUACUACGGGGGAACAGAGUUUGUAGAUGAGCUGGAAAGGCUGUGCCAGAAGCGAGCCCUGCAGGCCUACCGGCUGGACCCCCAGAAGUGGGGCGUCAAUGUCCAGCCCUACUCAGGGUCACCGGCAAACUUCGCGGUGUACACGGCGCUGGUGGAGCCCCACGGCAGGAUCAUGGGGCUGGACCUGCCUGAUGGGGGCCACCUCACCCACGGGUUCAUGACAGACAAGAAGAAGAUCUCUGCUACCUCUGUCUUCUUCGAGUCCAUGCCCUACAAGGUCAACCCCAAGACUGGUUACAUUGACUAUGACCGGCUGGAGGAGAACGCCCGCCUCUUCCACCCCAAGCUGAUCGUAGCAGGUGUCAGCUGCUACUCACGCAACCUGGACUACGCCCGCAUGCGGAAGAUCGCUGACGACAACAGUGCCUACCUGAUGGCCGACAUGGCCCACAUCAGCGGGCUGGUGGCUGCUGGGGUGGUGCCCUCCCCCUUCGACCACUGCGACAUUGUCUCCACCACCACCCACAAGACAUUGAGGGGCUGCAGAGCUGGCAUGAUCUUCUACCGUAAAGGCACCCGCAGCGUGGACCCCAAGACGGGCAAGGAAACACUCUACAACCUGGAGAGCCUCAUCAACCAGGCAGUCUUCCCUGGGCUGCAGGGAGGCCCACACAACCACGCCAUCGCAGGGAUCGCCGUGGCGCUGCAGCAGGCCAUGACCCCCGAGUUCAAGGCCUACCAGCAGCAGGUGGUCGCCAACUGCAGGGCACUCUCCACAGCACUGAUGGAGCUGGGCUACGACAUCGUCACAGGGGGCUCCGACAACCACCUGAUUCUCCUGGACCUGCGCAGCAGAGGCACAGAUGGUGGCCGGGCUGAGAGGGUGCUGGAGCUCUGCUCCAUCGCCUGCAACAAGAACACGUGCCCUGGUGACAUCAGCGCCCUGCGCCCCAGCGGGCUGCGCUUCGGGACACCGGCCCUCACCUCCCGCGGCUUCCGGCAGGACGAUUUCCGCAAGGUGGCUCAGUACAUCCACAAAGGCAUCGAGCUGACACUGCGUGUGCAGAAGGACAUGAGCCCCAAGGCCACGCUGAAGGAAUUCAAGGAGAAACUGGAGGAGGAGAAAUACCUGAAGGAGCUGAAGGCACUGAAGGAAGAGGUGGAAGCCUUUGCAGCCACCUUCCCACUCCCAGGGCUGCCUGUCCUGUAAGGGGAGGCCCCCAAGUCUGCUCCUGGAGCCACAGAUGCACACUUGCACCCCCAGUCUGAGACCAACACCCCAGUGCCUUCUCCCAGCACCUCCCCGCUGGCACUGGCUACAGUGCAGCAGUGGCUCCUGAUUCAGCUCUUACCCUCCUCUCCCCUCCCUCUUGGGGAAGCCCCCCCACAAGGAAACCAGCCCUUUCACCAGUGUUACAGUGACCCUCAGGGCCAGGUUCAAUCCCACUCUCACUGGCUGUGGGAUCUGCAAACGAGGUUUAAGCCCAAAUUCAAGCCAGAGGCCCCUGCCCACAGCAUGGGGAGGGACACAGGGGUCCACCCCCCACACCUCUGUGAGCCAGGCACUGUGCUCAGCUGCACCAGAGACCUCACAGCCACUCAAACCCUACCUGGUUCCCACAUCAAGAAUUUCCUUUUGUGCCUUCCAGUCUCUGUAGCUUUGAUAAGGCCAAGCCUUGUCCCAGAAUCCCUGAGAACAGCCUUUCUGGGAUCACCAUCCCAUCUCAGCCAGUGUCUCAGGUAUUUCCUCAGACCUCUGAGCACAAACCCUUAGGUAGAACCAUUUUUUAAUAAGCACAGUAAAAUGAAGAAUUUAACCACAACGUAUGACAAGAAUUAUAAGCUUUAAAAAAUACAACAGAUUUUUUUUUUUUUGUAUUUCAAAAAAUACCUGAACCCAAAUAAAUAAUUUUUUUUUU